AUGGAACACGCACGUGAACGCCUACUGGCUUUCCAGACUUGGGAUUCGUGGAUAUCGUAUCUUUUAUCAAUCACCGCUAUCGGCAACUCUCCCAGAGAGCAAAAAAGUCCACCUUCAAUACCGCCUCCCCCUUUUCCUGACUGUCGGACCUCUGAUAGCGAAAAAAUAGCUCCUCACCCACCUUCCAAAACGAAAAAUAACAGUGCUAAGCGUGUUAAGAAGUUGUUCGAACGACCUGUCAUCAAGGCGGGUAGAUCUCGCGCACCUUCAAGAGGCGCCAAAAGAACUUGUUCAAGUUCACAAACUCGUUCUCGUAAAAGACGUUCCGAGAUGCUGUCGGCCAUCUAUCGUAUCACACGCGAUCUAGAAGCCGAGAGUGUCUCAAUCUCAGGGCGGAACAAUUGCCACGCUAGCGAGGCAGACUCGGACACGGAUUCUACGGUCUUUUUGAGGAUAUCGGAGCUGAAAUCAGAAACGAAUGAAACUUUACCCCGACCCCAUGUCAGUCCACCGAUUCCGCCACACAAGUUAGAAAAGAAACAUGAUUCACAGUUGUUGUCGUCUGAUUCAAAGUUAACAAAAGGGGGGACAGCACAUGAGGACGAAGAGCAGAAGGAGAGAGAGAACAAGCAGGGAGAGUUGGACAAAGCUGGGAAUUCGACAAUAGGGUGGCCAAGACAUAAAGUCGAAGGGGAGAAUGGGAAGAAGAAAAAGGAGGAAAAUAGGAGAGAGAAGGUGGAGGCGAAGGCAUGGAAGAAAAAUGAAGAGGAAGGCGGAGUCCGGCUUGACAAAAAUGCAAAACAAUAUGCUAUUUCUGCCCAAACCACUAAACCGAAUACUCAAAAUGCAGAAGAAUCGGUCAGUAGAGAGGUGCAACGGUAUGACGAACGAAUUCAAGUGGCCAGAUUGGGCACAGAAGGCUACUGCAUUCGAGGAAAUGAGAGCGGACGCACCUCCAAUGGAAUCGCGCCGCAACUGAUUGAAAGAUUUGGACAAAAGGAGAGUACUGAAAGACUUCAGGAUCCUUUGGAAGUACCUAGAGAAAUAUUGCAGACUUCGAGAAGAAGUGGAGAAUGUGCCUUGUCCGCUGAGGCUUUCCCUCAUCUAGUCAGGCGGUGGGCUCACCAUACGAGCCUUGAAUUGACGAGCAAAGUUGUUGAUUUUGUAGUAGACGACUGUAGCGGACCCUGCUUCCGAAAUGGAUGCCCACAGGAGUCACAAAACACACUCGACUUUGUGGAGGACGAAGUAUUUAUUCAGUUAAGUAAAAUAGAUUAUGAACCUAGUGAGACUCUAUCUGAAAAACAGUCGAGUCAAAAGGAGUUCUUAAACAUCCCUGAAUUGGAGAGGUGUGUGGCAGAAAGAUCGCUGAGUGAGCUUUCUACACAAGUCCACACUCGUAGAUCCAAAAAGGCGAAUACUAGGCGACUUCAAAAGCGUCUGAAACACACGCAUGUGCCACAGAAUACACCAGAAUGUGUCCAAGAACAGAAGAAUAAACGAAAAAUGAGGCACAAAUUCAAGCGUCAUUUGAAAACACUGGAGGAAGUUGAUAGUUGCUUGAGGGCGGGAGAGGGAACAGACGAGGAGACCGUAGUAGAUGGAAUGGCUUGUAGACGAAGAGGAAAGAGAAGCAGGAGUAGGCGAAGGAGGAAAGAGUGUAGAUCCAAAGAGCGGCAGCAGCGCUGUAAAGAUGUUAAGUCGCGACGCAUAGUCUCCGAAUUUGGCGAUGAAAGUGAGGUCGUAUCCGAUGCACACGGGAAGGAUGUCAUAGUCUGGAAGUGUAAAAAAUCGCCAGAGAGCGUGAAGAAACACAAACGUUUGGCCCCUGCCGAAUCAAAGAACCCACCAAUGGGGAUUAAAAAGUUUGUACAACAAGCAGCGAAACCAAUUAAGUGCGAAAAUGUCAUCGCUGAUGAGUUCAAAAAAGUAUUCCCAUUACCGAGACACAGACACCAAAAAGCAAAACGUUCACCACCAGUCCAUACCAAACAAUGUCUAAAUAGAAAUAAUAAUGCAGUAAACGGGAAGGGAGACGUGAAAGCAGGCUUGAACAGGAAGGCGGUGACAAUCCGACACACAUCACCACCGGUGUCGGCAAGGGAGUCUGGGUGUAGAGCACCAUGUUCCUACGAGGGCACUCCACCUCCCCGAAGGUCCAUCCUCGCUUCAGAUUCCGUCGGAGAUGCCCUCCAUUUCUUCUCCUACCCAACUCCAGGUACCAAGUUCUCUGAAGCCACAGGGUCCCUCAAUUCCUCCUAUUCGUGCUUUGAACCUCCCAUGCCCUCCCCUUGUGUAAUCCGGUGCCAUCAAACGCCAAAACCUGUGAGGUCAGUUCCAGGUGAAUGCAACCCACUCAAGGUGAAGAAUAACCGCCCGAAAUCACACAAAUUGAAACCCGGGAGACUUCUUCGACGUAUUUCGAGCUUCAAAGCGCAGCUAGAGGGCUACAAUAAGAAAGGGCAACCCUAUGGAGUGGAAAACCUGCUAUCUCUACUAACAAAAAAGUACGCUCUCGAUUUACGUGAGUAUGUACAGUACCUACAAGUACUGAGAGACAAGAACAACGCUAACAGGAGCUGGCAUUUGUCAAUUGGGCAGAAUAAGUGGGGUCAAUGGACACAGAAGGAGGCGAGUGAGUUUGAGGAGUUUGUAUGCUUCAUUAGCAUUGAUACAUCCGACAUUGAUGACGUUGUCCUCCCCUUUCGUGUUAGCAUCACGAGACAUAAACUUCUUGCUCAAGCCUUCAACCUCUACCGUCAAAGUUUGCAAAAGUUCGAGGACACAAAACGAGCUAGAACAGUUGGCACUUUAGGAACUCACAAAGAUGAUUGGAUGGAUGCGCCUUUCGCCCCGUUCUUGUGGCUUAAAAUGUGUCAAUUACCCACAGAUCACCCUGUUCGACGCCUGCUGCGGCGCUCAAGUGGUCCACAAGAUCGGCGCAUACUGGCAAUUGAGAAUGAAAUUGAAGGAAGAAUACUUCUGGCAGAGGAUAAAGUCAUUUUCGUACGUGGACUGCCCUGUUUUCAGGUUCACAUUCUGGCGCCCACUACUAUGGCAAUUCGCUUUGCACUGAUGCAAAUAGAGCAGCGGCUGCCCUCACUCCACGCCAAACUAGUAAUUACGGAACGCUUGCCCAUGGUGCAUGCGAAAUGGGGGGAUAGAUCGGUUCAAGCCCCUACCAUGGGGAACUUUACAACACGCUUUAACUGUUCACCACGUUUGGCACCGAGAAUCACUGUGGUUCACGCGCCGUUAAGCGCUACUCCAGAGGAUCGGCGGGACUUUGCCUCCUACUGCGGCAACGAGAGUGAUCCCGAGUUGGAGCAAGCACAGAUGGGUCAGAAAUUUGCGGACAAACUUUGUACAUACUGA